AUGAUCAAGAAUUCAACUCGAACUCUCCUCUCUCAACUCUCCAGAAAGAGUACCAAGGUUGUUGCUCCUCUCCUUCUCAACAACUCUCGUUCCUUCUCGACCUCUCUCUCCCAAACUCUCACUCCAACCUAUCCACCAACCAACAAUUCUCACAAACUCUUCAACACUGAGAAGGCAGGAAAGGCAAUCGGACCCUACAGCCACUGCACAGUCUUCAAUGAAAGAUUAAUUUUCGUUUCUGGUCAACUUGGAAUUGAUCCUACCAGUGGUACAUUGGUGGAAGGAUUGGAAGGACAAUGCCAUCAAGCUCUCAAGAAUAUGCAAGCUAUUUUGGAGGGAGCUGGAAGUGGAAUGGAUUGUGUCUUGAAGACGACCAUCUUGUUGACCGAUAUGGCUCACUUUGAAGUGGUGAAUAAGAUUUAUGAAAGCUACUUCUCCAAGAAUAAGCCAGCACGUGCAACUUUUGCUGUGAAGGCUUUGCCAAAGGAGGUGUUGUUGAAAUUGAAGCUAUUGCUUAUCAAAGGUCACUCCUCAACAUCAAUAAUUAUUCAAAAUAUCAAGACGCAUUCAUUACCAUUCGAUAGAGAGAAUGGUGUUGCUAUUAUUACACUCAAUAGACCAAGCCAAUUGAAUGCUUUAUGUAAACAACUCGUUCAAGAAUUAGCCCAAGUGGUUUCCUUGUGUGAGAAAGAUUCAUCGGUCCGUGUCAUGAUCAUCACUGGAAGUAAGAAGGCCUUUGCUGCUGGAGCUGAUAUUAAAGAAAUGAGCACAAUGACCUCCAUGCAAGUGUAUCAAGAGAAUCUCUUUGGAGAGCUCGAAGUGGUUGCCAAAGCAAGAAAGCCAAUCAUUGCUGCUGUGAAUGGUUAUGCUUUGGGUGGAGGUUGUGAAUUGGCCAUGAUGUGCGAUUUCAUUAUUGCUGGAGACAGUGCCAAGUUUGGUCAACCAGAAAUUAAACUCGGUACAAUUCCUGGUAUUGGUGGUACUCAAAGACUCACCAAAGCAAUUGGAAAGGCCAAAGCUAUGGAAUGGAAUUUGACUGGUGAAUUGUAUGGAGCUGAAGAGGCAGAGAAGGCUGGUUUGGUUUCUCGUAUUGUCAAAAGUGAUCAAUUGCUCGAGGAAACUAUCAAGAUUGCAGAUAAGAUUGCAUCCUUCUCUCAACCUAUCGCUCAGUUCGCCAAGGCAUGCGUUCAAAAGGCUCACGAAAUGAGUUUGCAAGAGGGUCUUGAUUAUGAGAGAAAACUUUUUAUGUCCACUUUCUCGACCAAGGACCAAAAGGAAGGUAUGAGUGCAUUCGUCGAAAAGAGACCACCAAAGUUUGUCGAUGAAUAA